AGUUACUUCAAAUUAUAUUAAGUAGACGCCACACCCGCACGUGUGUUCUUCGUCUUGCAAAUGUAUACAACAUCAUGAUGAUUUUAGUGUUUACAGUAAAUUUACAAUUUUAAAAUGCUCAUAACUCGCUUCAACGCUAAAAUCUCAACAGAAAAAAGCCUCAGAUUUACCCAAUAGAUUGACUUUAAAAUUUUAUAUUACACAGAUUUCGAUUCACUCUAAAUUUUAUACACGACAAAGUAAAAUAGAUCGCACUGUGAACGUAAAAUGUACUAUGUUGUAAGAUAUGUUUAAGGACCGCGAUCACGAGAAAUGGGAGACGAGAACAACGGCGGCAGUUCGGCGGCACAACCGCAACUCGGUCUGCGGCCACUGAAACACUGCAACGUGCGCGUGGGCCACGUCACCGGCAACGGCCGUCACGGCAGUAGCCCGAGCGGCCGGCCUUCGCGGUCGUCGUCGCUUUUGGCCUGGUCCGAUGCUCGGUGGCCGGCCACCGCGGCGGACGCGAUCGCCGUCCUGUUAUCCGUGGUCGUGGCCUGGUGUCUGCUAUGGGUCAACGUGACGCCGGCGCUGAUGGCCGUACCCGGCGGCAGCGUGGCGUCCAUAUUCUUGCUGUACGUGGCAGGGCUGGCCGCAGGUCAUGCCGUUGACGUGGUGGGCGGCCUUCCGCCGCUGUUGGGCAUGAUGGUGGCCGGCAUUGCUCUCCAAAACUUCGGCCUGUACACCGUCACCGCCAACUGGUGCAUCCAUCUGGUGACAAUCAUGCGAGAGGCUGCGCUGUCGGUGAUCUUGAUCAAAGGUGGCUUGGAAAUGAACGCAGCCCAGUUACGUCGGCUCAGCGGUGCCGUGACCAGACUGGCACUGUUGCCGUGUGUGGCCGAAGCAGCGGCAGCGGCCGUAGCAGCUCAUUACAUUUUGCCCGAUUUCUCGUGGGAAUGGGGUCUGAUGCUCGGGUUCGUCUUGUCAGCCGUCAGUCCGGCUGUAUUAGUGCCGAAUCUAUUACGAUUGAAACAUAUGGGUUAUGGUGAAAAAAAUGGGGUCAACACGCUGGUGAUAGCUGCAUCAAGUUUAGAUGACAUCGUGUCAAUCAGCGCUUUUGGUGUUUUAUCGGGCAUCAUUUUUUCAACUGGUAACUUAACCAGUAAGAUCGUUCAAGGACCUGAAGACGUCUGCAUUGGGACUGCAUUGGGACUCGUGUGGGGAUUCCUUUUAAUUUUUGUGCCACCCGCACCGUGGGCAAAUGUGUCCUUUACCGCCCGAAAAGAUCAACAAGAUGACGGAAAAACAUUUGUUGAUGAAGAACAAGCGAACCAAUCGGUAACAGCGAAGAGAGCAUUUCUGUUAGGCUCCGGUGGUUUUCUGGCCGUGACCGGCAGUCAGUGGUAUGGGUAUCCGGGGGCUGGUCCUCUAGCUUGUAUCAUAUCGUCGUUCGUGGCGGGUACCGGUUGGAAGUGGAGGGAAGAAAAACAAAACUGUGACAGACCAACCACAGUUUCGAUACACGAAGACGAAGACGAUGGAGCCCACAACAAAACAAACCCAGUCGAAGCGGUAUUUGAGUGCAUUUGGUUCGGACUCCAACCGGUUCUGUUUGCGUCCAUAGGCACUGAAGUCAAAUUCGAACUUCUCAAGGGUGGAGACAUAGUCAUCGCUGGACUGUUGGUACUUAUUUGCGGAUUGAUAGUGCGUUUGAUUGUAACAUCGUGUGCAGUUUGGGGAGCAGGACUCAACAUUAAAGAAGUAAUAUUCAUUAAUAUCGCGUGGCUUCCCAAGGCAACUGUCCAGGCCGCUCUUGCUCCGGUAGCGUUGGACAUGGCGAGAAUGAUGGGCACAGACGAGGAUAAAGAAAGUGCUAGUCGAUUGUUAACCAUCUCUGUAAUAUCCAUACUCGUUACAGCCCCUUUAGGGGCAUUCGGCAUUCAGUGGUUUGGUCCCAGGUUGUUAUCCCACUCCGGUCGAUAGCUAGAAACUUAUUAAACUCUUUGUCUUGAAAUGUGUGAAAUAUAUUUGUAUACGCUCAUUUGCGUGUUUAUAUUGUUUUACCAUAUUAAAUUGAAUUAAUUUUAUUUAUUAUAACGUAUAUACUAUGUAUUAAUAUUAUAUGAUUAUAUUAUAAAAGUAUUACUCACAAAUAAAGAAAGCUAUAAUCACUUAAAUAGUUAAA